AUGUAUGAUAUUUGUGGAGAACGCAGUGAUGGAAAAGUUCUUAAUUGCCCAUUCCCUACCCCUUCUGUCAAGCCUGAUGACCAUUUCUCUGCUAAAAUUCAAAGCUUGUGUCCGACAAUUAGUGGAAAUGUUUGUUGUACUGAGACACAAUUUGAUACUUUGCGAGCUCAGGUUCAACAAGCAAUUCCUUUGCUUGUGGGCUGUCCAGCAUGCUUGAGGAAUUUCUUAAAUCUUUUCUGUGAGCUAUCUUGUUCACCCAAUCAAAGUCUUUUCAUCAAUGUCACUUCUAUUUCUGAGGUUAAUGGCAAUCUCACUGUGGAUGGUAUUGAAUAUUAUGUCACCGAUGAUUUUGGGGAAAGGCUUUAUGACUCCUGCAAGGAUGUGAAGUUUGGAACUAUGAAUACACGAGCAAUAGACUUUGUUGGUGGUGGUGCCAAUAAUUUUAAAGAAUGGUUUGCAUUUAUUGGUCAGAAGGCACCCCCGGGCUUUCCUGGUUCACCUUAUGCCAUUGAUUUUAAGUCAACUACUCCCGAUUCAUCAAAAAUGGUCCCUAUGAAUGUCUCUGCUUAUUCAUGUGGAGACACUUCACUGGGCUGCUCUUGUGGUGAUUGCCCUUUAGCUCCAGGAUGCUCUAGUUCAGAGCCACCUUCUCCACCCAAGAAGGAAUCCUGUCUGAUUAGAAUUGGGCCUCUUAAGGUUAAAUGUCUUGAUUUCUCUGUAGCAAUCUUGUACAUCAUAUUGGUUUCUGCAUUUCUGGGAUGGGCUUCUUUUAAUCGGACAAGAGAAAGAAGAGCUGCAGCUAGCACAGAACCAUUGUUGAGGUCGAUGGAUGAGGUUGAAACUGGUUCUACUGAAAUCCAGAAGGAUGGAAAGGUGGAGACCCGGCCUGAGAAGUUGUGGGUAGGUCCUGGGAGUAAGGCAGCAGAAGAGAAACAUUUUUUUGACAGCCACCUUGCCCCCUUCUACAGAAUUGAACAGCUUAUAUUAGCAACCUCGCCAGAUCCAAAGAACGACAAGAGACACAGUAUUGUCACAGAUGAUAAUAUCCAGUUACUAUUUGAAAUACAGAAGAAGGUUGAUGGAAUUCGUGCAAAUUAUUCUGGCUCAACUGUAUCUCUAACAGACAUUUGCUUGAAGCCUCUUGGUGAUGAUUGUGCCACUCAAAGCGUGCUACAGUAUUUUAAAAUGGACCCUGAAAAUUAUGAUGACUAUGGAGGAGUGGAUCAUGCUGAGUAUUGUUUUCAGCAUUAUACUACUGCAGACACUUGUAUGAGUGCAUUCAAAGCCCCACUAGACCCCAGCACUGCCUUAGGAGGAUUUUCUGGGAACAACUAUUCUGAGGCAUCUGCAUUUGUUGUUACCUACCCAGUUAAUAAUGCGAUUGAUGAAGCAGGCAAUGGAAAGGCAGUGGCAUGGGAAAAAGCUUUCAUUCGGUUGGUGGAGGACGAGCUGCUGUCCAUGGUGCAGUCUAGCAAUCUUACACUUUCGUACUCGAGCGAAAGCUCAAUUGAGGAAGAAUUGAAAAGAGAAAGCACUGCAGAUAUUAUAACUAUAGCAGUGAGCUAUGUUGUAAUGUUUGCUUACGUUUCUGUGACGUUGGGGGAUGCACCGCACUUGUCUACAUUCUUUAUUUCAUCCAAGGUAUUGCUUGGUCUUUCAGGAGUUGUUCUUGUCAUGCUUUCUGUCCUUGGAUCUGUUGGAUUUUUCAGUGCAGUUGGAGUCAAAUCUACAUUAAUAAUAAUGGAAGUCAUUCCUUUCCUGGUUUUGGCGGUUGGAGUGGAUAACAUGUGUAUAUUGGUGCAUGCUGUGAAGCGGCAAUCAAUUGAAUUACCUAUAGAGGAUCGAAUAAGUAAUGCACUGCUUGAAGUUGGCCCAUCAAUCACACUUGCUAGUUUGUCUGAGAUUCUGGCAUUUGCCGUUGGAAGUUUUAUUCCUAUGCCAGCAUGCCGGGUUUUCUCCAUGUUUGCAGCUUUGGCUGUUCUAUUGGACUUUCUUCUUCAAGUCACAGCUUUUGUUGCACUGAUUGUAUUUGACUGUCGGAGAGCUGAGGAUAACAGGAUUGACUGUUUUCCGUGCAUUAAAGUUCCUUCAUCACCUGGAGCAUCUAAUGAAGGCAUCUAUCAGAGAAGACCCGGACUUCUGGCCCGAUAUAUGAAGGAAGUUCAUGCACCCAUUCUUGGACUUUGGCCAGUAAAAAUAGUUGUCAUUGCUAUCUUUGUUGCAUUUGCGUUGGCAAGCGUUGCACUAUGUCCCAGGAUUGAGUCUGGUUUGGAGCAACAGGUGGUUCUUCCACGUGACUCCUAUCUUCAGAGUUGUAUUUUGUCUCAGGGUUAUUUCAGUAAUAUCUCCGAAUAUCUGAGAAUUGGACCACCCUUAUAUUUUGUUGUUAAAGAUUACAACUACAGCUUGGAAUCAAGGCAUACAAACCAGUUAUGCUCCAUCAGCCAUUGUGAUUCAAACUCUCUUUUGAAUGAGGUAUCGAGGGCAUCUUUAGUUCCAGAAUCAAGCUACAUAGCCAAGCCUGCUGCUUCAUGGCUUGAUGACUUUCUUGUUUGGUUGUCACCUGAGGCCUUUGGUUGUUGUCGGAAGUUCAUGAAUGGUACUUAUUGCCCGCCAGAUGAUCAGCCACCUUGCUGCUCACCAGAUGAAUUUUCAUGUGGCUUUGGAGGAGUUUGCAAAGACUGUACAACGUGCUUUCUGCAUUCGGAUUUGGUUAAUGAUCGCCCAUCUACAGCACAAUUUAGGGAGAAGCUUCCAUGGUUCCUCAGUGCUCUGCCAUCUGCUGAUUGUGCAAAGGGCGGUCAUGGGGCUUAUACCAGCAGUGUGGAUCUAAAUGGUUAUGAGAAUGGUGUUAUAAGAGCUUCAGAGUUCCGUACAUAUCACACACCGGUUAACAAACAAGGGGACUAUGUCAAUGCUCUACGAGCUGCAAGAGAAUUCACUACAAGAGUUUCUGAUUCCUUGAAGAUUGAAAUCUUUCCAUAUUCCGUGUUCUACAUUUUCUUUGAGCAGUACCUAGACAUUUGGAGGAUAGCUUUGAUCAACAUUGCUAUAGCACUUGGUGCUAUAUUUAUUAAGCUGUCUACUGUUGAAGACACUGUUUUGUGCACCUUUAAUCCCUUGGAUUGUGUUUUGAUGCAGCUUUUGGUGUUCAGCAAUCAUUUUACUUGUUUUGGUGAUGAUUGUUGUGGAUUUAAUGGGCGUAAUGGCAAUUUUGGAUAUUCAACUAAAUGCAGUUUCCGUUGUCAACCUAAUAAUUAUUUUGCCUUGGACAAGGCAGUAGCUGUUGAAGGGGAUAGGGUGAGCCAUGGUGAUAGGGGCCAGAGGGCAAAAGAGGCUCUGAGCACCAUGGGAGCUUCCGUGUUCAGUGAUCAUCGAGGCCUCUCGAAUUGUGGAAGAACCUUGUUAUAUGAUCGUAAGAAUAAAUUGUUACCGCAGAACGAAGAGAUCAUAAACAAAUCUUCAAUACAGGACGCAAAUUUUCUAGGCUUUGUAUAG